AUGGCCUCUCCCAAGGGCCGCCCGUCCCUCCUGCUGCUCCCUGCGCCGCCUAAUCCGGCCGACCGGCUAGCUCUCAAUGCGGCGUACCGGCCGCCCCUCACAUCCGCGAUCACCAAACUCCAGAACAAACAGGCUGGUGCAACGCUUGUCAUCGUCGUCGCAGCACCUUUUCUGUUACCAGGUGCUUCUUCGGGCGAGAGCACAGUGUCGUGGGCUGACGCGCAGCACCUCGUGGCCGGCCUCUACAGCAUUAUCUCUGUCAUCUGUGCAAAACACGAUAUCGCGACCGAGGUCAAUGCCGGCCCAGGAUCUGUGGAUGCCCGUGUGAUUCUCGUGGACCAUGAAGUGGGCAGCCAGCAUGGCCAGGCCAAACCCUUCAUCAGGCACAAUGGAACCAUAGUCACGGACCUUGAGACGUUUGCCGCAACGCACCAUUCCUGGGAUCGCAUCUUCCAUGUGGACAACGAGCAGGGCUACGAGCUGCUCAGCUCCUUCCAACGCUUAGCUGAGGGUCGCAAAACCUUGCGACAGGACCAGCUAGUCGUAAUCGAAGGAGGUGUCACGUUGAAUCUACAGGCUGCCCAGGCUGAAAGGACGGCCCCGCAGACCAAGACGGUGCCAAUUGUCUGUCUCGGGGGCACCUUCGACCACCUGCAUCCAGGCCACAAGUUACUGCUAACGGCGGCUGUCUUCCUGCUUAAGGUCCCUCGACAGCAAUCGUCGAAGCCGUGUCGCUUCAUCGUGGGCAUCACGGGAGACGAGCUUCUCAAGCAGAAGAAGUACGCCGAGUUUGUGCAGUCUUGGGACCUUCGGGCGACCCAUGUUCUCAAGUUUCUCAACUCGCUCCUGCAAGUAUCAGACGACGGCGACCCAGAAACGGAAGAGCCCAAAACGAUCGCCGAGGAUGGCCGCAUGACUGGCAUCUUCCGCAAUGGCACGAUCGAGGUUGAAUGUGUCAUGAUUCAGGACGCUUUUGGGCCCACCACACGCCAGCAGGAAAUGGACGUGCUCGUUGUUUCUGGGGAGACGAGGGCAGGAGGUAAUGCGGUCAACACGGAGCGCCAAAAGCUUGGCUGGCAUCCUCUAGAAAUCUUCGAGGUUGAUGUGCUCGACGCGGAAGAAAUCAGUGACACACCCACAAAGACUGAAGAUUAUUCCACCAAGAUCAGCAGCACGGCUAUCCGGAGGAAAAAGGCCGAGUCUCGGAUUUGA